CGUUGUCUUUUCCGGUGUGUCGGCUGCUUCCGGCUGUCAACAUAACUGCUGCUCCAUUCCUGUGACGUGGAUUAUUUUUUUUAGGGGGGGUGAGAUUGCAAAAAAACAGGCAGCAACAUGUACCAGGUAAAGCCAAUCUGCGGGGGUGACGCCAAGGUCGAUUUGCCCACCUGCAUGUACACGCUACCCAAUGUGCACGCGCGGCCGGGCAACAGCUGCACACACGAGCACGCGCUGCAGAAUGGUGACAUACUAGAUCCGGCAGUCCAAGCUCUGGAGGCCCGACAAGAUGAGAUCAUGCGAAAACUGUACGAACUAAAGGCGGCCGUAGAGGGCCUGGCGAAGACCGUGACCACGCCGGAUGCUGACAUGGACCUCACAGUCAGCAGCAGCCUCUCCUGCCAGAGCUCAACAGCCUUCCAAGGGGCAGCUGACCUGGACAAGCUAUUAGGGAAGGACCUUGGCGCUCUCCACGACAUCGUCAUCAACGCCAACCCAGAACAGCCCCCACUGACCCUCCUGGUUCUGCACAACCUGCUGUGUCAGCGCUACCGGGUGCUGUCCGCCGUGCACGUCCACUCUUCAGUCAGCGGCGUGCCGCCACAGCUCUUGUCCUGCCUCGGCCCGCGUCACCCGGACAGCUACGCCCGCCGCCUCUUCCAGCUGGGCUUCACCCUCAUUUGGAAAGACGUGCCCAAAGUGCAGAUGAAGUUCAGCAUCCAGAACAUGUGCCCCAUCGAGGGCGAGGCCAACGUGGCGCGCUUCCUCUCCAAGCUGCUCACUCCUCACCCGGCCGAUCCCGCCCUCGCCACACUGGUGGACAGCUGGGUGGACACGGCCUUCCUGCAGCUGGCGGAAGGCAGCGCCAAGGAGCGCGCCGCCGUCCUGCGCGCCCUCAACUCCGCCCUGGGCCGCGGCCCGUGGCUGGCGGGGCGGGAGGUCUCCCUGGCCGACAUGGCCUGUUACUGCUGCGUGCUGCACAGCGGCGCCGCUUCCUCGGCCCCCGCUAACGUCCAACGGUGGCUCAAGUCUUGCGAGAACCUGGGCUACUUCGGCCCCGCUAAGGUACUCCUGCAGUGACCCCGGUAGGCUUAGAUAGCAAAGUGAGAAAGGGGCAUCAUGAUGUAGAAAUCUGCCAGCUGUGUCAGGGACAUCUUCCCGUGCUUCCCUCUUUAACAAACAUAUAUAGUCACUCUAAGGCGGUUCACCUUCUGCCACGCUGCUUUUCUACACACCAGAUUCUCAAAAGGAGGAAGCACGAGAGGACACCUUUCACCCACUUUGUGCCUAUGAAAUGUUUGUGUGGUCACAGUGUUACUAGUUAUCAGGAGUAAUACUUUGUACCUGUGUUUUUUUGGAAAUCAUUAAAACAUCCACUUGGGGUCAAGCUUUUGGAACUGGGA